GCUAACUUCGUCACCGUUAAGACGACCUCGUCCCCAAAGCAAAUGGCAGCUUCACUGGCGCACGGGUCGUUAAUCACAGGGAGUGCACAACGAUCAGCAGACUGUGCUACCUAUCCUGCCCGAAGCGAAGCACGGAAGCCGGCUGCAUCGAUCGUCCGUGUCGCUGCAGUCGGGAUCCUUAUCCCUGCAGGACAGGCAAGUACAAUUGGAGGAAGUCCACCUUCGCGUGAGCACUUGGCCACGCCGCUCAGUAUGGACAAGGGAAUGUCUCGGUAACGAGGGCAUAGUCAAUAAGCAACGACAGCGAACCGCUGAACUCGGCCAAGGCGUGUGCUGCUGCACGCGGAAGUUUCUGUAGCUUUGGCAGCCAUGACGACACGAAGCGCUAGGAGUACCAGAAGCUCCACAGACGUGCUCACUGACGGAGACGUCUAUGCGUUUCUUCUGCAAACGGCUCUCUUACAACAUAUCGCAAAGCCCCGCCCUCCAGAGUCAAACCAAGUUCGAGCAGACAGUCAUGCAUCGAGCACUUCGACGGCUACAGCUGGCUCGACAGUCAUUUCCGCGCUACCGAGCAAAAGCGUCACUGGUUCCUCUUCGGCAACAAGCUCGACCAGCAGCAGGGAGUGGGGCUUCGGGGCAAUAGCUGAAAUGUUGGUCGGCUCUUCAAAGGAGGUGCGUUUUCCGGAGAAACUCAUCAAGCGCUUGAACGAACGGCUGGAAAAGAUUGCGAUGGGAAAGGAUCCUGUCUAUCGAGACCAAAGCCUCCGCUCGACCAUCGGUAUAUUUUACGGACAGUACCAGGGGGCUUCUUUUCAGAAACAAAUGAGGGACAAUCGCAAGGUGGAAGACCUGGUUCUCCACUUUGCCACUGCAGCUCAGGCGUCUUUGCGCAAACGAGCGACCGGAGAUGAGUGGAAGGAAGAGCUGGAAGUGCAGGUCGGCCAGUUUGUCAAAAUUAUCAGGGAGGCGCUCAAGACGGUCCACGGCGUGCCGAGAGAGCUGACAGAGCGGCUUGAAGCGUACUCUGCAAAGCUCACCCCCAAGCCCAUUUCGCUCACGUCUAUCAACAAUGGUCUGACCCCAACGCCUGUCCCCAUGCGAAGCUCGAGCACCCUGCAAACACCGACAGGAUCAUCCAUCGGGCCCAGCAGCGCAAGCACCUCAGAACAAGGGCGUCGGGAUAGUGCAGCGAGCACACUGUCCAUGGAUCCAAUAGCCGACUCCGCGCUCAUCCAGGCUGUUGGGCGGUUAUUCCACGUGCAAGCGUCCCAGCUGCGCUUGGAUGUGCAGAGUUUGCGCAAGACAUGCACCGACAAGGCGGCGGUCGCUGAUCUCAAACGAUGUACAGCCAACAUCAACCUAGGCGGAGCCUGGCCGGGGUGGCGCGAGGACUUUCGUUCUGAAGAGGCGUGGCAGGGAUGGAAAUCACAAGAGCUCUCCACACUUUCGCAGAUGAUCAUGCGACUGUGUCAGAAUAACCCUGAGCUUCUCAAGACCACCACAUCUUCGGGUGCUGGCAGUGUACCAGACGGGAACAGUGGGACAGGGUCUGUGCGACGCGUUUCCGCGACUGGUCUUUCAAAUGGCGCUGAUGCAGGAAGCGUAGGCCGAGCCUCGCCUGUCAUUUCGUAUGGAACUGCGGAAGACGCGCUGAGCGCCGAUGGCGAAGAGGGUUUCACAUACAUACCACCGGAUCCAAGACGCGUAUACCAGCGCGCUCUCGAGCUCUGCCUCGAUUUUGACCUCGAGGAGAUCCGGAAUCAGGAAGACGCGGAGGAAGUGUCGCUCAGCAUUCUCUCGCCUGGGCACGUAGAUCUGCUGAAGGAGUGCGCAUAUUGGUGGAGAAUCUCCACGUCCUUCAGAGCGCUGGCCAACCUUGACUACAUUCGCAUAAAGUUCCAGGGAGGGGAGGCUCCAUUAGACUGCGUCUCGGUCGCGCUGGCUUCGGUGGACAAGGCGUUGCAAGAAGCACCAAUGGACAAUUGGAUGGUUGCAGACCGGCAGCUUCUUGUGAGAACUUAUACACAAGUCUUUGACGGCGUAAUGCAGGGCUUGUGCGAAGCAUUCCAAGACGUACGAACAGCGGAUCCGGAAGAAGUGGCGAGCUUCGCUUCGAUCGUGCAAGAGGUACAUCGCACCGGGUUUGUGCGGAUUGAAAAAUCCUUCGAGAGGGAGACUGUCGAUCUUGAGGAGCACAUAGAAGACAUGAAGGACAGCAUUCGUAUCCAUGCCAUCCACGAGUACACCGCCAAGACGACUGACCUCUUUUCGCAGAUCUUGGCGAACGAGGUCGUGCCCCUGGUGCAGCUUGUAGAUUGGCUCGAAAAGGCCGCGAAGCAUCUCGAUCGUGCAUACCCGUGUCCGCUUCUGAACUCCAUCGAUCCAGUCUCGCUUGUUCUGGAAAAGCAAGUGCCAUUGUUUUUUGACGACCUCGAUUCCAUGAAACGGCAGAUCCUGGAGCAUGCACUGCGGGAGCAUGAUGCCCUUGCUUUCGAUGACAUCUUCAUGCUCUACCACCGCACUAUGACACUUUGGCGAAUGUUCAAGGCGUUCUGCCCGCAUGUUGAACCAUCCUUCGAUGUCGCCAACUGGUUCGAGCCGCAUGUGCAACACUGGCUGAUGACGACGAACAAGAAAACGUCAGAAUGGGUCCACACAGCUGUCCGCUCCGAUCGCUUCCUGCCAAUCGACAGCGCAGAGGCCUAUCAUAGCUCAUCGAUCGAUGAUCUUUUCGGCGCGCUGCAACAGCCACUCGAAUUCAUCCACUCGCUCAAGUGGCCCAAUCCUCUCAAACAGGCGCAGUUCCUCACUUCCCUCUCCAGGACUUUUAGCCAUGCCAUCGAGCAGUACUGCAACUCUGUCGAGGAGCUCUUCAUGGAGGAAAUGUUUCCGCGAAGCGCCGAGGGCCAAGAUGCGCAGCAGAAGCAGUCUGCGUGGAUGGUCAAAGCCAAGCAGACGUUGCAAGGGGAGAAGAAGGUCGAGCCAUUUCACUUCCAGCCCGAGUCCUGUGUCAAGCUCAACAACAUAGAAGCGGCGCGCAUUUUGCUAGACAAGCUCUACGAGCGCGUCGAUGCCGACAAACAUGCUCGGAUCAUCGAACAACAUGCAUCCGAUCCGGAAGUCCAAAAAGCCGUAUUGCAUCAGAGGCGGCGCUACAUCUUCACUGUGAAGAUCGUGCUUGGCGAAGGCUUGCAGCCAAUCAACACAAGUGGAUCCAGCCGAAUAGACUCCUUUGUCACUCUCAGCGAUGAGCGUGGGAAUCGUAUCGCCAAAACUCGCACCAUUUACGAGACCCCUGAUCCGAGAUGGGACGAGGUUUUUGACAUUCCUGUCGAGCAAUCCAUGUGGCUGGCAGCUACCGUUUGGGACCGCAAGCUCGUGGGCGACCACGCACUGUGUGGCCGAGCGUAUCUGCGACUGGAUCCGCGCUAUUUCGGCGAUUUGCACUCACACGAGCUUUGGCUUGACCUAGAUACCCAGGGCAAGCUGUUACUUCGAGUCAGUAUGGAGGGCGAGCGGGACGACAUUCUUUUCCACUUCGGCCGGGCAUUCAGGUCUUUGAAACGUGCAGAGGGCGAUAUGGUCCGCAUCAUUGUCGACAAAAUGUCAAUCUUCAUCCGGCAUUGCCUAUCCCGACAAAUACUGCGCAGUCUUGUCAAAACAAGCGGAAUCAAUUUGGACAAGGCGCUCGUGAACAUGAAAGCACUUUACGCGACUGCGCUCGCCAGCACCCACGCCAGUGCAUCUGUGAUUCCUCCGGUUGAAUCUGAAGCCACUCGUAAUCGAAGUAAGGCACAGCAGUUGACGGAUACCGAGAUUGAAGCGGCAAUCACGCCAUUGUUAGACUACUUUGAUGAAUGUUUGGGCACACUUAAAAGCAGUCUCAGCGAGAAGCAAGCGCUGGUGGUGCUUACCAAGGUGUGGAAGGAGGUGCUCAACAUCAUCGAAGGCAUCCUCUUGCCGCCGCUCUCCGACGCUCCGACGGACAUGCAGCAGUUGUCUGAAAAGGAAGUUGACAUUGUCUUCAAGUGGCUCUCGUUUUUGCGCAAUUAUUUCAAUGCUUACGACGAGGAGACCGGCACGGCAGGCGGGGUUCCUCUGGAAACUCUACAGAACAGCAAGUACAGGGAGAUUCUACAGUACCUGUUAUGGCACGACUCCUCCACAGAUGCUUUGAUGGAAGAAUGCGCCCGUUCGAUGCAACAGUCCUUGCGCAAGCAAGCCGGUGGACAACUCGCUAAAAGCAAGUCUGUGUAUAAUCAGCGUAGCCUCGGGACUAUCAAGCAGAGGAAACAGGACAAGAAAAAAGAAGAGGAAGCCCCCAACAAUGAGAUCCUUGUCAUGAAGCUGUUGCGAAUGAGACCCGGUACUCAAGAAUUUUUGGCUUCGCAACUGCGGCUGAAGGCGCAGCUAUCUGCUUUAACCGGCGUCCAAAGUCACAAGGACCUUCGUCGAGAAUCCGACCAACCCAGGUCACGCGGCGCGGGCAACGGUCCCCACUCUCCGGUGCCACCUCCCAAGUGAAAGGCUCACUGCUUGUAGUAUGCGGAUAGCGCUCUCCAUUGAUACCCGGGCAUCGCGUGCCAAGCUUCUCGCUUGGUCGCUGCACAUUUGUAUUCAUUUCGAAGGAUAUUAGACCUGCGCGUGUGGCAGGAGUCUCCCCGGAUGGAUGAGCAAGUCAGGAUCCUCUGCCAGAUGCCAUGUUGCAGCGUUCAAAUGACGCCCGUCAGCUGUGUAAAGGUAAAGAAGCUCCGAGCCGAUAGCUACGGAGAUUACGGUGCAAAUUUCGACUCGAUCGACUGCAGGCACGAGAAGUUGUCGCAGCGUCGC